AUGUGUAUCGGGAGGCGAACUCGGCAGCAGACUGGGUCGCCUCUUUUGCUGCUCACCACUCGGGAGAGGCAUGAGAGCACCAUACCUCCAGCACCUUUCCAUGCGCUGGCUCGAAGCCUCCAACCCCGAAACCUGGAUUUCCUACGCUUGCGAUCAAAAGCGCGCCUCUCCCGCCUGCAAUGGAGCCGAAGCUCCCCUCUCCUCCCACAGACCCUCGGAUAUUUCACUCUCUCGGUCCCGAUCUCUACAACCUUGCGCUUGUCCGUAACCAGAGCUCUAUCGCAUCUCAGAACUCCUCGCGAGCUCCACCGCAUCCACUCUCUACUAAUCACCUCCGGCCUCGUCCGCUCCCCCUUCUUCUCCGGCAAGCUCAUCGCCAAGUAUUCGGAGCUCAGGAACCCCGCCGCCUCUCGGUCCGUCUUCCUCUCGACUCCCUACUCCAAGAACAACAUCUUCCUCUGGAAUUCUUUGAUUCGAUCUCACACUCAGAAUGGCAUGUUCUCCGAAGCUCUGGAUUACUAUAAUGAGCUCCAAAGGAUGAAAUUGGCCCCUGAUUCCUUCACCUUCCCUUCUGUUCUUGGUGCUUGUGCUGGCUUAGGUGAUCUCGAGCUGGGCCGGAGAAUCCAUGAACAUGCUUUGGAAGUGGGAUUUGGUUCUGAUUUGUACGUCGGGAAUUCUUUGAUUAAUGUGUAUGCGAGGCUUGGUUCUUUAGAAGAGGCUCGGAAGGUUUUUGACAGUAUGCAGCAGAGAGAUAUUGUUUCGUGGAAUACUUUGAUUUCUGGGUAUAGUGCCAAUGGGGAAUGGGAGAAAUCUGUGGAGGUUUAUAGUGAAUUGAGAAUUGCCGGUUUGGUUCCGGAUUGCUUUACAGUGGAGAGUGUUUUGCCAGCCUAUGGAUGUCUUGGUGAUUUAAAAUCCGGUAGAAUGAUCCAUGGGCUUGUUUACAAGAUUGGGAUUGAGAAGGAUAGAUUAGUCAACAAUGGUCUUAUUGCUAUGUACUGCAAGUUUGUGAAUUUAACUGAUGCUCGAAAAACUUUUGAUAUGAUUAUGGGGAGGGACUCUGUUUCUUGGAAUACCAUGAUUGAUGGCUAUUACCAGUCUGGUGAUUUUGACAUGGCUCUAGAGCUGUUCCGAGAGAUGGUGAUUGGAUCAAAUCUGGAUCUCGUUACGGUCACAAUUAUCCUCCAUGUUUGUCAUGACAUUGGGGUCUUAAAACUUGGUGGUUCAGUUCAUGGUUACACUAUAAGGAAUGGGUAUGAAUGUGAUACUGCGGCACUGAAUGCUCUUGUAGCUAUGUAUUCAAAGUGUGGAAAUUUGUUCAUGUCACGGAAAGUGUUUGAUCAGAUGGAUUAUAGAGACACUGUUUCGUGGAAUUCCCUGAUUAGUGGUUAUGUUAGCAGGGGAUAUUUUGGUGAAGGGACAGAUCUUUUUAGGUCUAUGAAAGAAUCAAAAGUAAGACCUGACUCUGUUACAACUGUAACACUUGUAUCAAUGUGCACCAAGUUACUUGAUUCAUGCCAGGGAAAGGGACUUCACUGUGAUGCAAUAAAAAGAGGACUGAGAUCAAAUCUGUUUGUCAGCAAUGCAGUUCUUGACAUGUACUCAAAAUGUGAUAGCUUAGAAGAUGCAUUGAAAGUGUUCGAGAGCAUGGAAACCCCUGAUGCAGUAAGUUGGAAUACUAUUAUAUCGGGGUCUGUCCAGAAUGGAAAUUGCAAUUUAGCGUUCAAACUAUUGAGCCAAAUGAAGGUCAAGGGGCCAAAGCUGGACCUGGCUACAAUAUUGGGUAUCUUGCCUGCAUGCUCCUUUGUGGCGGCAAAACGACAAGGGAAAGAGAUUCACGCUUGCAUUUUCAAACUUGGUUUACACAUUGAUGUUCCAGUUGGGAAUGCUCUAAUUGAAAUGUACUCCAAAUGUGGCAGUUUAGAUUAUGCAGUCCGUAUCUUUGAGCAUAUGAAUACCAAGGACGUUGUGUCAUGGACCUCUUUGGUAUGUGCCUAUGGUAUGUAUGGUCAAGGCAAGAAAGCCUUGAAAGCAUUUCGGAGGAUGGAAGAAAUGGGUAUAAGACCAGACCAUGUUGCAUUUAUUGCUGUCAUGUAUGCAUGUAGUCAUGCUGGUUUAGUUGAAGAAGGUAAGAUGCAUUUUAAGAGGAUGGAGAAAGACUAUAAUAUCAUGCCCAAAAUGGAACACUAUGCUUGCAUGGUUGAUCUGCUUGGACGUUCUGGAAAAUUAAUCGAGGCCGAAAAGUUCAUUGAUGAAAUGCCAUUGAAACCUGAUGUAAGUAUAUGGGGAGCUUUACUCAGUGCCUGUAGAUUCUCUGGUGAAACCAAGAUGGCUGAGCGUGUUGCUGAAAAAAUUAUGGCCUUGGAUUCAGAAAACACUGGUUAUCAUGUCCUUGUGUCAAAUGUAUAUGCAUCUAUAGGGAAAUGGGAUAUUGUUGGUAAUAUAAGGAAAUCCAUGAAAGAUAAAAAAAUGAAAAAAGAUCGAGGAUUUAGCUGGAUAGAAAUCAGAAAUAAGGUGUAUGUAUUCGGGACUGGGGAUCAAUUGGUGGAACAGUCUAAAGAGGUUUAUCAGUUGCUAGAAAGAUUUGCUGGUUUGAUGGCUAAGGAAGGAUAUAUUCCUGAUAGGAACUUUGUUCUGCAGGAUGUGGAAGACGAUGAUAAGAGAUACAUGCUGUGCGCACACAGUGAGAGGCUUGCUAUAGCUUUUGGGUUGUUAAAUACAAAGCCUGGAACACCAUUGCAGAUAAUGAAGAACCUUCGGGUGUGUGUAGAUUGCCACACAGCAACUAAAUACAUAUCAAAAAUUGUCCAGAGAGAAUUAUUGGUCAGAGAUGCUAAUAGAUUUCAUUUAUUCAAGGAUGGAAUUUGCAGUUGUGGUGAUUACUGGUGACAAAUCCUUUUUUCCCAUACUUAAAACUGAUUUUUUUCAGAUGUAGAAAUAGAAAUAGAAAUAGAAAGUAAUAAUGGGACAGAUAGGUUCUUGAUUUACUUGGUGGAGACUCACUUGAUUGGUUGUUAUCCAAAUCACAAAAGGUCCUGAAAACCAGAAAGGCUAUCCACACAUGGAGUUAUUGGACAGGCUGCUACCAAGAUGUUAAUCAAAGAGUUGGAGAACAUUUUGAUUUUUUCUUUUCUUUUUUGUGUUUACAUAAUUUGUUACAAGAAAGAGAAUACCAAAUAUGACUAUAAAUUCAUACCAAUGAAAAAGAAAAUCUGCAAAUCUGCAGAUAUUCAUUUUACAAUUAGGUGGCAUCUCUUCAUCAAUUGCAUGCAAGUAUUAGUUAUCCAUCAUCCAUGAGGUGGAAUGGGAGUAGGAGCAGGUGUGAGAUUGAAAUAGUGGUUCUUUUAUUUGUUCAAAAUUCGGAGAGGUACAGGAAAUGGGAGCAGGAGAUAACAAAGACAGCCUGGAAACAGGGAUUUGAAGGCAGCAGGCACCUCCUUCACUAUGAAGAGAAACAACCAUAUGGUGGUGGUGCAUCAGUGACUGAUUCAUAAUAUGAGGAUCCGUGCGAGCGUGCGUUUAAUCUCACAUUGGUUAUUUGCUGGAUAGAUCUUGGAUAUUUAUAUGGGAUCAAAAAAUUCAAAUAAUACCUUUCGGCUAGCUAUUUUGGAUGAAGUCUUGAAUUGUUACAAGUAGUGCCACAACCAUGCAAGAUGCCUUCCGGGCGACCAUAUGCAGAGAGACCACGACCGGACAUCGUAGGUCAUAUGCAUAUUGGCAUGCAUCAUAAAAGAACUAACUGUAACAACCGUUGACCUAGUAGAAAAUGCCAUGUUGGUCUUCCGUAUAUAUUGGCAUGCAUCAUAUGAGAACAGUUGAGCUACGAGCCAGAGGCUAUCAACCCAGCUAACAGUGGACUCUCAUGUGACUCCCAUGAAUCAGCAUACCGCAUGCAUUUUUCCUCUGCACCAUGCAUGAUAUGCCGAACAUGAUAUACCAAGCGUUUGAUUCUGCCUGUUGUGGAUCACUAGAAUAUAUCACUUUUGGCUGCAAGAAUAAUCAAAAUAUAUAAAUUUGGGCAUGCUUCAUUUUAUAUAGGAAAGAAUUUUUCUGUUGGAUGUCUCAGUCGUAUAUGUGAAUGCUUACAAUUUACAUCUUAUGGUCCAUAUUUAUAUGCUGUAUUUUGAAGAUACAUGGGAUGAUAACUUAGAAUUUGUGGUUCA